UGUUAUUUGUUUCAUUAUUUUUUUUGGUGGUGUAGAUGAAAUAAAAAAACAAAGAAAACCUAAAAAGCUAUAGAACCAGGAUGUAGAUCCUGCAACAGCGUCAGCAUGACUGGAUCAUUUAAAGUAGAAGGGAAAAUGGGCCUCCAAAAGUGAGACCUUGAUUGGGCCGGCGAAUGAUGGAGUUGCAGAUGUUGAGAAGUGUAAGACAGAGGUAGAGAGAGAGAGAGAGAGAGAGAAGAGGUGGCAAUCAAAGAUGCUCCGAACAUGCACAAGCAAACGCAUACGCAUGUGUGGAAGCGGAUCAGAGACAGGGAAGCUGGGAAACUGCAUGCAAGCCAUUUCGCCAACCGCAUAAAAUGGAAUCGCAUUUCGCAACUCCAAUUAUCCAAUCACAAAGACAUCGUCUCACCUCACAAAGGCGCCAUCAACUCCCUUCAGAUUGAUUCCACGGAGGGAAGAUAUUUGCUAUCCGCCGCCUCCGAUGCCUCGGUAGCAGUCUACGACGUCCAACGACCCACCGUUUACGAAGCCGGCGGCGUCAUUUCGAAACACAGCUCUAUAUUUGUCGUUGACAAGCAGCACCAGCAAGCCCAUAAAUAUGCGGUUUCCUCAGCUAUAUGGUAUCCCAUUGACACCGGCUUGUUCGUCACUGGCUCAUACGAUCACCACAUUAAUGUUUGGGAUACCAAUACCACCCAGGUGGUGGUAAAUUUCAAAAUGCCUGGAAAGGUUCAUAGGGCUGCAAUGUCCAAUUUAUCAACAUCUCACAUGCUUAUUGCUGCUGCCACUGAGGAUGUCCAAGUUCGCCUUUGUGAUAUUGCUUCCGGAGCCUUUGCUCACACUUUGUCCGGUCACCGUGAUGGAGUAAUGACUGUUGAAUGGUCUAAUUCAAGUGAAUGGGUCUUGGUUACUGGGGGAUGUGAUGGUGCAAUACGAUUUUGGGACAUCAGACGCGCUGGCUGUUUCCAAGUUUUAGAUCAAUCUCGGACUCAGCUUGGAAGACGCCCAACCAUACUCAAUCACUCCAUGAUAACUAAGGAUUCAAGUACAAAAUUGAGUGCUGCGCAGAAGAAACAUGCUAAUGGAAGUGGUAGCAGACAACAACUAAUUGGCAGAGUUCCAUCCAAGGGACCAAUGAAGCAGAAAUUACAUCCAGGAAUGUUGUCUACUCAGGAUCGUGCGACUGCUCAUUAUGGUGCUGUGACAGGGUUAAAAGCCACAGAGGAUGGCAUGUAUCUACUAAGUGCAGGGUCUGAUUCAAGAUUGAGGUUGUGGGAUGUUGAAUCUGGCUGUGACACACUUGUGAACUUCGAAACAGUUCGCCUGCAAGUAAACAAACCUCUUCAACUAGCCACCACUCAAGAUUCAACCCUUGUUUUUGUUCCAUGCAUGAGAUCUGUGAAAGCAUUUGACAUGUGGUCUGGGAACACAUACACGAUAUUACGUGGUCACUAUGAAUGUGUGAACUCUUGCUGGUUUAAUCAACAAGAUCAGGAACUGUACACUGGUGGAAAUGAUAGACAAAUUCUUGUCUGGUCACCUGCUAGGUCAAUGGCUGAUGAAAUGGACGAAGGACCUGCUGAGGAUCAGGAUAACUGGAGUAGCUGAGUCUUGUCUCCAUUUGGGUCACAGCUUUCUCUUGUUCGUCUUCUGCUUGCCACUUCUGUUAGAUGUUUGGGGGAUAUUUGUAAAUGUAGGCUUGUUCUGGUUUUGGAGCAUAUGUGAAAUGCUACAAAGCACAAAAAUGUAUAGUAGUAGCCCAUUUUUUGUGUAGAUUAGAACUUUUUUUUUGUCAUCUUUUAAAUUUUAAUCAGUGUGAAUUUUGAAUUGACUCCUUUCCUAGUUGUAAGUUACAUCAUAAACACAUUUUGGAUAAUGUUUUGCAAAUACAAAGUUGUGUACAUAUGUGCGGACUCAA